GGAAGUUAGUAGUUUCCUGUUUUAUCAUUUUGUGAAUUCAACAGUUGUCAAUCAUAUUGUAUAAUUAUUAUGAAGGAGCAGAACAAAACUGAUGAAAAGUAUGGAUUCUCAUGUUGAUACAAAUGGAAUAAUGAAUUCAACCUCUGAUAAGAUCCAUUCAUUGUGCCUUGGUGUGGAAAUAUGUGUAGUUUGUGGUGAUAGAGCAUCUGGAAGGCAUUAUGGUGCUAUUAGUUGUGAAGGUUGUAAAGGUUUCUUUAAGCGAUCCAUUAGAAAACGUUUGGGAUAUCAAUGCCGAGGAAACCAGCAAUGUGAAGUGACUAAACAUCACAGAAACCGAUGCCAAUAUUGCAGAUUACAGAAAUGUUUGUCCAUGGGAAUGAGAAGUGAUUCUGUUCAGCAUGAAAGAAAACCAAUAUCUGUUAAAAAAGAAUUUCCAAGUCAGAGUAACCAGUAUAAUCUAGGUACUAUUACCAAUAAUGCUGUGAAACUUCUUAUGAAAAGGGAGAUUGGAGAUGCAUAUUCCAUGAAUUUCCAAAAUGCUGGAUCUACCAAUUUUAAUAUUCCUACUUCUUUUCCUUACAACAUUUAUUCAGAUGGUGAUAGCAACAAACAUGAAUCUGCCAACACUAUUUCAACUUAUGAUGACACCAAUUAUGAUGAAUCAUCGGAUAGUGAUAUUGUUGAACCACUUUGUGCAGUUCGAGACAGUAAAGUAAUGAUAAAUAAUACCAUGGAGAUAGUCACAAAACUGGGCAUGAAUGGAAAUUUUUCAAAUUCUGAUGAUGAAGAGCAGGAAAAUCUUCAAUAUGAUGGAAGGUUGCUUGAAGACAAUAUUUGUAACUUUCAUAUCCAAAGCCCUUCCCCUACCCCUACUUAUAUCGAUGUCCAUUAUAUUUAUGAAAGUGCUUCUCGAUUGUUAUUUCUAUCUGUUCAUUGGAUUCGGAAUUUACCUGUUUUUCAGAUUUUUAAUACUGAAACACAAAUUUCACUGGUUAGAAGUUGUUGGAGUGAACUGUUUGCAUUGGGACUAUCUCAGUGUGCACAAACAUUGGCUUUCCCUUCUAUAGUUUUGUCAAUUAUAAAUCACUUACAGAACUCAGUUGCACAUCAGAAGAUAUCAGCUAGAAGAGUUAAAGCAGUUACUGAACACCUUUGUAUUCUUCAAGACUAUGUUAAUUCUAUGACCACGUUAAGUGUGGAUGAUCAAGAAUAUGGUUAUUUAAAACUUAUUGCUUUAUUUAGCCCAGCAAGACAAAUGGAAAUAUGUGAGCAUCUGGCCCACAAGACUGAAACAGAACUUCUUUAUCCCAAGCACCACUCUUCUUUUCAUUUACGAAGAUUGAUCAGUGAGAUGCAGGAUAAGGCAUUGCAAGAGUUACGUGACCAUGUUGGAGAUGGUCGAUCUGAAAGAUUUGCACGUUUACUCCUGAGACUUCCUGCACUUCGGUCAUUAAGUAGACAUGUUAUAGAACAAAUAUUUUUUCCAGGAUUAGGAGAUCAAUGUGAUAUUGACAGCAUUAUUCCUUUUAUAUUGAAAAUGAGUAGCAUUGAUUUCAUUACUACCGAACAAGGUACGUUUCCAAAUAGAGCUAUGUUUUUUAUUAAAUCAGAAGGAAGAAGUGAUGAUGUCAGUUGAAAUUUCAAAAAUAAAUAUUUCUUCAUUUUUGAAGGAUUUCCUUUCAUGAGAAAGAAGCUUUUAAGAUGGUAAAAUGUUAUAAAAAUGAAAUAUAUAUAGAGAAAUGAGAAGCAAUUAUUUUACUCUAUUAAAUUGCAGACUUUUCUGAGGAGUAGCAGAUCAUAUUCAUUCUUAUAAUAUUUUUUUUUUGAUAUAUUUAAUUUUAGUGGUAUGGUAUUAAUGUUUAAAAUUAUUUUUAAAAGAUAAUUAAACAUUGAUUAUGUGAUGGUGGAACUCAUUUAUUUUUUUGAAACGUAUUUAGACUUAUUGUUCUAAAUCUUCCUAUUAUAUAAAUCUUAAAGAAUUGUUCGAAUGAUUUUGGGUCAUUAAAACAAUAAACAGUCCAAAGUUGUGGUUACCUUCAUUUUCAACUGAAGAAGUUCAAUGUACAUAAGCUGUUGAAUUGUAUGUUGUUAUUACAUUGUAUAGUAAUGUAGAAAAUUAAAUAUGAAAUGAUUAGAUAAAAACAGUUGUAUUUAGUUGUUGAACAGAUUUUUCAAGUUAAUUUAUCUAAAAAUUAGUUUUUAUUUUUGUAUCUCUUAGAAAUACUUCAAGAAAGGAGGCUUUGUUGUCUUGUAAAAUUAUGAAGUUAUUUAUAAUUAAUUUAAAUUAUUAUUAGAAUUUACAUUAAAUGGGUACUUCAUUUAUCAGUGUCAUGGUUAACUUUUUGUGGUUUUCCAUUUUUUUUUUUUAUAAUAUUUCAAGUUUUUAUAUAUUAUGUAUUAUUCUUUCAUGAAAAGACAAAAACAAUAUAAUGAGUACUUGGAACAUCAAGAUUAUAAUUUGCCUUAAUCCAACAUGCUAAUAUUUGUUGUUAUAAUUAUUUCAAUGUUAAUAUAUGUUUUAAUGAGGGUCACUCAGUAACCCACUAUUUAUGUUGCUCCAAGCAAUAGUUCUCAUAAUGCAGAAAUCUGCAACUUGAUGACUGUGGCUUCAGCUGGAUGAUUGUAAAAAGAUCAUUAAUAUAUAUGUAUAACUUCAAACCUUCAGAUUAUUAGGCGAUUAUAACAGUCGUCCUCUCAGAUCACUAAAUGAUACUUGUUAUGUUACACAUCAUAAAUGUGUAAUUCGUAGUGAACAAGCUAGGUUGAUAUGCCAGUUUGUAACUGGAAAAUUUUUUUGAAAUAGAUAUAAAAUCAUUAUUUUUUAUAUAAUGAUAUAUGGUGGUGCAUGGUGCUAACAUUUGAAUAGAAUUUUUUUAAUGAUUCCAUAGUAUUUCUAUUAUCACCACUAAUUUAAUAAUGAUGUUUCAAGUGGAUAAAUUAUAUGGAACCAGAAAUACAUAAAUAGAUGAAGCACUAGCAAAUUAUUUAAUUCCAUCAUGUUUAAGUUACCCAAAAGUUUGAAUUUUUUUGUGCUGAAAUAUUGUAAAUCUACCAUGGUAAUCCAAAAAGGACAAUAACUAGCUUAGUAUUCUAUUGUUUAUUAAAAAAAUGGAUAAUUUAAAGAAUAUUGUCAAUUUUCUCUCAAGCUCAUUGAUGCUGAUUACAAUACUGGAGAUCUUAGUGAUCAUUUGUUAUUCAUCCUGACAAACUUUACCCACCCAUUUUAUUCUUUGGGGUGCUUUAUCUUUGAUAAUAUUCACUGAGUGCAAUAAAAAACGCAUUAAAGUAAUUAAUUUUAGCUUAUUAAUAAAGCAACUGAAUUAAAGACAUAUUGAAUGAAAUAAAUUAAGUAUUACUUUAUAUAAAAAAGUUUUAGAAAUAAAUUAAAGUCUUUAUAGGAAGAUGACAUAGGCAAUGAACACAUGCUGAUGUUUUAAGGCCGAUACUGCCGCAUUGUAUAGCUGUCUGAAUUCUCUAAAAAAUAUACAACCCUUUAUGUAUUUUUCUUACCUUUCCUGAUUUUUUUAAAUGCUACUUAACAAUUUUUUAUCAUCACCUUUUAAGCUAAAAAGUUAUAUUGCAAUAUUUAUACAUUUUUGCCUCAUAUUCUUCUUUGUGUUUAUUUUUAGUCUGGUUGAUCUUUUUAUUUGUUUUUCUUUUUUAUUCUAUUUAUAUAUCCUGCUAUAUUGUUAGUUCAUACAAAUUAUGGAAGGAAUUUUGGUAUUAAAUAUUUUUAAUAUAUCAAAAUUAUUCAGAAAUUAUUGUAGUUUGAAUAAUAAAUUAAACCUAUGGAAUAUUCAGUAUACAUUUUAUUUUUUUCAACUAGUAUAAUUUAUUCUGUCAGAUAUUCUCCAUUAUCAUUAUUUCUAAUGAUUAAUUGUUCAUAGCACAUUUUUGAAGAAUUUUAAAGUGUUUCACAGAUUUAAAAUAAAUUUUAUACCAUAUAUUUCUUGAAAGUUUCCUUAGAUGAUAUUGUUACAGUCAAUGGCCUAUGAAAAUACUACCAUGAUAUAAAUACCAGUUGUUCUUAUCAAAUCGUUCAUACUUAUUUUUGCAUAUCUGUCAAGUGUCCAUAACUAAUGCCUUUAUUUUUUUAAUGUGUGUACUAGUGGAAUAGUUCUAGUACCCAAAUUAAUGCUGCAUAAUAUUGUCACUGUUAUUAUUAUGUUUGGGAAAUGAGCAACACUAUUUUUUAAUUAACAUUGUAAACAAUAUUCAUGAAGUUUUUUUACUUUAUCUAUUUUGAUGUUAUUCAGUUAUUAUGUACUCAUUAUUUGUUUUUGGGUAUAUAUGGUUUAAAAUAAACAAUUUAGUAAUUCUAUUCACUAUUUAUUACACCCAUAUAUUGUUGGCUCACUACAGGGAAUUUUUGAAGUGUUAUGUAUUGUAAAUAUAUGAAAUGUUGUUGAUAUUUUAUUUUUAAAAAUAUGUUUCCGAUAAAAGAUGUGUAUUUUAUUAAUGAAAUUAAUAAUUUAUCAUUUUGCUAGAAUGAUUCAAUACCUUAUUUUGGCAAUAGCAAAUGAUAGAUCAAACCGAAGUGUAAAAGUUGUAAAAAGAACCAGUUGUUCAGUUUUAUUAGUACUAUUUCUGGUGCUGUGAGAUCAAACACAAAGCUCUUAACUUGAAGAGUUUUGUUUCAUUACAUAAUAGAUUUACACUAUUUGGCAUCUUGGUUAUUACAAUAGAGAUAUGGCAAUUUAGCAUUUUUCUCCCCCAGAAACAAUAUUACAUGAUAAUCAUGUUUAAAUGUUUUGUUAACGAUAAGACUUAUGAUUUCAUUAUAGCUUUUGGUAGAUUACCUGUUUCAAUUACUACUAACCGCUAAAAAGACAAUAAAACUCUCAAAGCCUCUUCAUUUUAAUAUGUUAUACAAAUAUGUAUUUUUUUUUCAAACAAUAUUUUUAAUUUAGUGUUGGUUAUUCAAAUCCCAGGAAUCAUUAAGUACGAAAUUGGCUCUUUUUACAAUUACAUUUUAAUUUUUUAUUUGUAUGGUUUUGAUUAAAAUCAUUGUAUUGAUCUGUAAAUUGUAUGUUAAAUAUACCAUCAUGA